UCCAGCAACUGCUCUUUCAAUAAUCGUGCAAGCUGAGACCGCGACACCCGCCUAGGGCUCCCAUCGCGUCAAUCGAGCACCAUAUUAUUAUCCCCUUUUCACACUCUCGAUUACACCCUUCCCACAAUUGCUGCCGCCUCUCAGAGAUCUCCAUCUCGCCAUCCUCUCGAUCUUCCAUUGCGCGCCAUGUCAGACCAAACCCAUCUCCCACCACCCCAAGGCCCCGCCCUCACCUCCAGGACAGCAUCAGGGUCGUACUCUGCUGCUGAAAAUGGUAAUGGCCCCUCUUCAUCACAACGCUCUCCUCCACCAUCUCCUAAAAACCCGCAAGCCACUCUCACUCCCAGUCGAGUCGGAGACCAUAUAAUAUCCAUCGACAGAUCGCCCUCAAGAGGACCUGCAGCAAAUUCAGACGGUCCCGGGUGGAAGAAGCUGACGCCGCAGAGGAUUGGAAGAGCGAUCGGCGCUAGGUUCAUGAGAGCUGCGAAAAGAGGGAAUCUUCCAUUUUUGUUCAUCUUUUUCUCCUGCACAAUAGUAUUCUUUUCCGCUCUUGCAGGCAUAGGCUACCAGGAACCCCUGCCCGUCGAUUCUGCAGAUCUGUCAACCGCGCCCACUGUGGCUGCCGGACAAAGUGGUGGUUUCAAGUUUGGUGGACCCGUGUUUGACCUUGCGAAUGACAAGAUGCACCUUGAGAAAGUAAUGGCGGAGCAGAGAGAGCUGGAAGAAGCUUGGGCGAGGAAGAGGAGGCCAAAGGAUGGUGCAUGGAUGAGGAAGCAACGUGAUGACAAGGCCAUUCGUCGAGUUCCUACCCCCAAAACAAAGUCUGCAGCAAUUUUAGAGACUGCUGUAGCACAAUCGACGGAUAAGAAUAGUGACCCUGCGGAAGGUGUGGUUAAAAGAGAGGAGGCGUCUAUCGCUGAAGCUAUAGAGACACAAUCUGCUACGGCUACUGUUGCUCUGGAUGCUUAGAAGGAUAGGUGGGCAUCAUACUCAUAGAAGAAGGAAUGUGCCAUGAGUUUUGUUUUUAAAGAUUUACAACUUUUUUGGAUGCCUGGGGUCAUUUUCGUUCCGUUAUAUAUAUAGAGCUCUGUGUGUUUACAGAUAGAUGUUUGUCUUGCAUAUGGAUCUUUCAAUGCUUGCUCCCUUUCAUGUUCACUAGAGCCGGAUCAAGCAGCUAGACGCGGUACAGUUGCAAGACAAUUGCCC